AUGACUCACGAGUCCGUUUGGUACAGCCGGCCCCGCAAGUACGGCAAGGGCUCCCGUGGAUGCCGUGUCUGCACGCACCGCGCUGGUCUGAUCCGCAAGUACGGGAUGAACAUCUGCCGUCAGUGCUUCCGCGAGAAGUCCACCGACAUCGGCUUCAACAAGGUUAGUUACGCACUACAGGAUCUCGGGGUGGGAUAUGUGGAAGAGAAGGGCAUGGGUACAAACACGACCAGACCUGUUCGACCAUAUGCCUUCAACCUGGAGACCCUCUCGCCAUUUCAUCGUCAAUCCGAACCCAUCAACUAA